AUGAAGAGCAGCAACGAUAGUAAACUGAAAGCCCCAAGGGACGAUGCCGCCGCUCGUAAAGUCUUGAUUGACAGGAUCUUGCAACAUCAGGACGUUACAGACGGUUCUGGCGACGAGGAAGAAGUUGGCACUACAGGAAAACAUCCCGACAUGAAGCUGCCACCUCCACCAACCAUUGUCUCGACAGUCUCCACAGAUAUCAUUCCUCCUACACAACACCAACACCAACAGCAAAGGCAGCGAACCGCUUCUUGUCCUGGCGCUUUCAACGUGGCUGGAUGGAAUGCCCAGGCAUCUUCCCCAACGAACAAUGUCUCUUUGACGGCAGAUGCAUCGACCACAGAGGUCACGGAUGACCCACCUUCUUCUGCCAACAACAAUGAUGAAGAACAACACAAUGAAGAUCAACAAGAAAUCUUAAUCACAGCCGCCAGAGUCUAUGACGAGAAUAGUGUUGACACGGACGAAAACCUGGAUCGCCGUCUGUCCCAGGAAAUGCCUCGCAUUGAAGAAGAGAUUCGAGCCAAAAUCAUGGAUGAAGCUGUGGAAGCUAAUGUCAUGCCCCAAGGAACCAGUAUCAUUUCCUCACUCUUGUUUGCUGUCAUGGCCAAGAAAACCAUCUUCUUGGCAGGUCUCGUGGUACUGGUGGGUGCCAUUGCAACAACCAGCUUUGUGUGCAAAGGGAUCCAAUGGGAACAACACAAGCAAGAAGAGGUAUUCAAACAACGCGCCAGAGAUUAUGUAGGAGAGAUUGGUGCCACAUGGAGAGACUUUGAAAUGGCUUCCAUGUGGAUACAUGAAUCUUGUCGCAAGUGGAGGGAGGACGGAUACACUCAUGGUGAUUUUCAAGUACUCUACGAUUAUCUAACUGCCACAGGGCUGGACUUUCUGCAAAUUGAAUGGAUACCCAAUAUUACUCACAGUGAAAGGCAGAGCAUGGAAGCACAAACCUAUGCCUACAUUGAGAAUCAUCACCCAACAGUGAACUAUACUGGAUUCUGGGGACUGGAACCAGAUUAUGCGCAAGAAGAAAUGCAAACUGCAAGCCACCCAAGGUCGGAACAACCCUUUUACUUUCCAAUUCACUUUAUUGCUCCAAUCAGCCGAGAGGGGGGUGUUCUGGGUCUCGAUGUGUACAGCAAAAAACAUGAAAGAGACAUGAUCCAUGUCGCAAAGGAAACCAGAGAACCAGUUCUGACACCACCUUUUUAUCUCACUGGUGAUCGUCCAGACGAUGGCUUGGGUGUGAUUUUGUACAGUGCAGGAGUGCCCACAUCCAGCAAUGAGUCACUUCAAUCAUCAUUGGACUUGUCCGCAGUGGUGGUGGAGAUCUCCCAUCUGCUGGAACGAACAUCAAGGGUUCAAGGUACCAGUCUUGCAGUGUACUUGUAUGAUGCUGGAAAAGAUCAGGAUCCAGAGACCAACAAAACCAAUUUCAUGGGUGGUGUUGAAAUCAAAGUUAACCCAGAUGGAACAAAGGAACUGACUUUUGCUACAUUGGAUCUUGACAACCACGCACAUCUUGGGAGCACAAGCAGUGAGGGCCUUCAGUAUGAGGAACAGCUACUGGUUGGUCACCGUCACUGGACAGUUAUGGUGCAGCCAAUUGAUGACACAUUUGACCCUGAAGUUGGAUUUGUCAUUCUCAGUGGAAGCUUAAUUUUUGCUGCAACACUUUUGGUGGCUGCUUGGAUGGUGCACAGUCUGCGGCAAUCGCUUAGAAUGCACCAAGAGAGCACACCAGAAGGUAGGACAAAGGAGGAUUUAUGGAAUGCUCCUAGCAACCAGUCCAGUGCUGCUUGCGAUGUAGAGCUCGGUUCGUGA